AUGAUCGCCGGCGGGCAGCGCUCCGGCCGCCUGGUGCGGCUGCUUGCGCGGGCCCACAGCGCCCAGGCCGCGGUGGCCAGCGAGAGCAAGUGGAGAUGGCUGGACAGCACGGGCCAUGAUAUCAACCCCUGCAAUAGCCGGCUGCACCCUGCGGUGGUUGCGGGGAUCGAGCCCAGGGGGGAGGCGAUCAGCGUGCAGGAGGCGUACACGCCAAUGAGCAAGUGCUUCGGAUGUGGCCCUGCAAACAGAAAUGGCCUCCAGCUCAAGUCCACAAGGACAGAGAGAGGAUUGGAGGGGAACUUGUCCAUCCCUGACAAGUUUCUGGCAUUCCCUGGGGUCAUCAAUGGAGGUGUGGUCUCGUCGAUCCUGGAGUGUCAUGGAAAUUGGACCGCUGCACUGGAGCUUAUGGACAAGGCGUGCCUUCCUCGCCCCCCACUGACACUCACUGCAUCCAUGUUUGUCAACUACAAGCGCCCAACACCCUCCAAUGAGCCCCUCCUCGUCCGCAGCCAGAUCGUGAGGAUCAUCGACACAGGGACCAUCGGCCUCACCAAACAGGCUGUGGAGGUCGACCUGCAGCUGUUUUGCCUCAGCAGUGGCCGGGAGGAGCUGUUAGUCACCGCAGAGGGUCUGUUCAAGCGACAGGGGGCGACAUGCGCCCUUUGA